CUGGCUGGGGCUUGCUGAGAGACCUCAGGAUCUACCUGGCCACAGAAUGAAGCUGGCCACGGGCUGCUUGAUUUUGUGGCUCUGUCUGAAGAGUGCUCUCACUCAGAGUGACCCCAGCCCUGACCCAGAAGAAUCCUAUUCAGACUGGGGCCUACGGUACAUCCGGGGUGGCUUCGAAUCCGUCAACAGCUACUUUGAUUCCUUUCAGGAGCUGCUGGGAGGGAAGAAUGGAGUCUGUCAAUACAGGUGCCGCUAUGGAAAGGCACCAGUGCCCAGACCUGGUUACAAGCCUCAGGAGCCCAACGGCUGCAGCUCCUAUUUCCUAGGUCUCAAGGUACCAGAAAGUAUGGACUUAGGCAUUCCAGCAAUGACCAAGUGCUGUAACCAGCUGGACGUCUGUUAUGACACAUGUGGUGCCAACAAAUAUCGCUGUGAUGCAAAAUUCCGAUGGUGCCUUCACUCUAUCUGUUCCGAUCUCAAGCGGAGUCUGGGCUUUGUCUCUAAAGUGGAAGUAGCCUGUGAUUCACUGGCUGAUACUGUGUUCAAUACUGUAUGGACCUUGGGUUGCCGCCCCUUUAUGAAUAGUCAACGUGCAGCCUGCAUCUGUGCAGAGGAGGAGAAAGAAGAGCUAUGAGGAAGACAUCCAUUCUAAUUUUGAGCGACAACACAG